CACCUUGCAACGUUCAACCACACGAAUCGUCAAAGCGGUGUUGAGCGGCGACUCUAUGUAUAUGCAUGCCAUCUCUAGCUCUAGAGGUAGCCCUACGUUCCUUUUGAUCUCCUGAUCGACAAGCACAAUGUCUAGUUCCAAUCUCCCCAUCCCGCUCCCUCCACGAACGCCUACGCCGCCUACGCCUCUGCCAGAAGAGCCUCCCUCGCCGACGACAUCUUCUUGGAAGCCUCGUCCGGGUACAAUAGGGCUUGGACUCCACCAGCACAACGACAGCGCCAGCAGUCUUGCGCCCAGCAUACAAGAACACCCCGACUACGAUUUCAGGACUGGUAUCAAUGACAGUCCGGCGCGCAGGGCGGCGGACGCGCAGUAUGUGGGAUUGGGACCCGAGACUGGCAAGACCGAUUCCACUGCCUCUAUGCUGUCACCAGAGAGCGCGACGUUUAGCAUCAAUGGGGGCUUGAGCCCGUCUGGAACGAUGUACAGUCCUAAUACGCCGCAGACUGCCUCGACCGAUGGAGGAUUUGGAAGCAUCGACAGCAAUACCACUGGGCAGACUGUGACGAACCCGUUCAACUUCACGCCGGUGCAAUAUGAACGAAGCAACUCGAUCACGAGUAUCGGUGGCACGAGGAGCGAGAAGCUGGUGGGAAGACGAGGACACAAAUACAGGCAUUCUUCCAUUCAUGCCAGUCAUAUGGAAGGUAUUUUCAAGCCCCCACAAGCGAGUAGGACGCCGCUUGCCGUGCCCGCGAGUCUGCCUAUGCCGACGAGGAAAGAAGCGUGGUGGAGCAUGACGAAACAGCAGACAACGAGGUUGAUCUGGUGUAUGUGUCAUUUCCUGAUUGCUGGCUACGUACAAUUUUCUGGAGCCGGAUCACUCGCCAUGACGGCUUUGAGUAGGCUACUCCUGUUUGAUGCUGCUGGCGCUACAGUAUGUGUCGUGGUGGAUGUUAUGGGAAAUUUCGAAGUCUGGAAGCGGAGCUCAAUCAAGCAUCCAUUUGGGUUGGAACGUGCGGAUGUGUUGGCGGGAUUCGGCAUGGCGGUAUUCAUUGGUUUCAUGGGAUUGGACGUGAUCAGCCAUGGAAUUCAGCACUGGCUGGAAAACCUAGGCACGCACGUCGCUCACUCUGCGCAUGAGCACGAACGAGUGGGAACAGCAAACGUGGACUUUGCCAGUCUGCUCUCCAUCGGCAGCACGCUGGUCUCUGCUGUUCUAUUGAAAAACCACGCUCGCAUGGGUAAAGCUAUGCGUGUCGGACUCCUAGCAGGCUGGGGCAAGAUUCUGGGAAAUCCAUCGCAUUUCCUCACAUUAUCCUGCUCGCUCGCGAUUCUUGCGCUACCAUUCUUCACCACGAAGUACUACGCAGCGUUUGACUUUGCACUCUCGGUCGUCACGGCAACAUUCAUGUUACUCACGGGCGCCCGCCUGGGGACAUCACUAUCUUCCAUGCUCCUCAUGUCAGCGCGAAGCCCUUCCGAUGACAUACACGCGUUGCGAGACAUUGCGGAUGAUGUCGCCAACUGCGAUCCCAGCAUCACGAAUGUGGACGAGGCGAGGUUCUGGCAGGUGCACUACGGCAGUGGCAUGGCGAAUCUGAAGCUGAGGUACAGGAAGAGCAGGGGCGGAUAUGGAAUGACUGAUGACCUGACGAGGAUACGACAGAAUGUCACAAAGCUGGUGCAGAAGAGGCUGAGUGGACUGAGGUGGGACGUGAGUGUACAGCUGAGUGUGGAGACGGAUUAAGCUGUUCAUAGAGGAUCGAUGCUGCAGGAUGGGAUUCCCGACUGGUUGUAUAGAAUAUGAGGGCAUCUUACAGGUACCUUAGCUGACCGUAGUAGCGGCAACGAAACCAAGACUUCGAUUGAUACAGACGACUACAUCAAAAAUGCAGACACGUCUCGUUGAUAAGGUACCUUAUACAUGCACCCGGGUAAUCCAUGAAAGCUGAUGCGGAAAAAUGGAAAUGGGCGACACAUAUGGUCAUCAAGAUGUCAAGGACAGGUACCUUCUCAAAUUGGACCAGCCCUUUGUGAAGGUUUUCAAGAUUGCGAGCGAUAACGAAGGCCGAGGACACGAUUGGCAACAAGAAGAUGCAAAGUUUGAAGAGGCGUGCAAAUCUGGGUAUACCGGCGUCCAACCCAGAAUAGGAAGGCAAGCAAAUUUAAGCAUGCACAUGCAGCAGAAGCAAAUCGAGCGUCGGCCUUGGACAAGAUAAGGUGUUUAGUGGCGCGCCUUGUGAUGGCUA